AAUUUCAGUACGUUUAUUUUGUUGUUUGCGGUGCUACUCCAAUUUUGCCGUUCGUACAGUCAAUGUGCAAAAAAUACGGAUCAUUUUGGAUGUCAUGGCUGGGACCUUUUCCAUUUUUGUUUAUUUCCGAGCCUAAUAUUGUACGAGAUAUAUUGACAUCUCCCCACUGCGUGGAUAAAAGCUUGGUAUAUAAAGGAGUUGCUAACGCUAAUGGCGAGGGACUUUUUUCAAUAUCGGAUCCAAAAUGGAGUAUUCACAGGAAAAGUUUAAAUCCCGCCUUUGGCCACAGCGUACUUCUUAGUUUCAUUCCAAUCUUCAAUGAGGAGGCCGACAAAUUAAGCACCAUUUUUAGAUCUAAGAAAGAGUGCAGAGAUAUUAUAUCAGUGCUCCAAGAUUUUACAUUGAAUACAACAACCAGAACCACUAUGGGUCUAAGUACCACAUCAAAUUUAAGGAGUGGCGAUAAUAAAACUUUUUUAAAUCAUUUCAAAUGUGUUACCAAAUGUACAACUGAGAUGAUAUUCUCCCCCUGGCUUGCUUUUGAUUUUAUUCGAAAAUUACUUGGGGUUUAUGAGCCGUUUCAGAUGGCAAAAACAUUUAUUCAUCAGUAUGCCGAGAAGAUAAUAGAUGAGAAAUUGGUCAGUGAUGAGAUUAUUGACCUUCCAGAUGGUGGCAAACAUAUUUUCAUAAACCAGGCUAUCGAUCUAAUGAAAAGGGGCAUUUUUACCAGACAGAAUGUUAAACACGAAUCAAACGUUGUAAUUGCUGCUGCUUUUGAUACUACAGCGAAUACAAUAUCAUAUGCGCUCAUUUUACUUGCAAUGCAUCCCGAAUAUCAGCAGAAAUUAUUCGAAGAACUAGUAUCAAUCUUUCCCGAUCAAGGAAAUUUCGAAGUUAGCUAUGAUAAUAUUCAAGACUUGGUUUAUAUGGACAUGGUGUUAAACGAAACAAUGCGAGUCCUGUCUCCGGUUCCAUUGGUUGCCAGACAGGUUACAAAAGAUGUAAAACUCUCAAACGGAGUUGUCCUGCCUGCUGGUUUACAAGUAUGCAUAGAUAUAUAUAAUAUGCAUUGCCGAAAAGAUAUUUGGGGUCCAAACGCUGAUUUGUUCAACCCAGAUAACUUUCUGCCAUCAAAUAUGGAAGGCGUACACCCAUAUGCCUUUAUCCCUUUCACGAAGGGCUUACGGAAUUGUAUAGGAUGGAAAUAUGCAACAUUAUCGAUAAAAGUCGUCUUGUCGAAAUUAUUAAGGAAUUUUAGAUUUUAUACCGACUUUAAAUACGAGGAUCUGGAGCACAUCGAAUCAGUUACUCUACGACUAAAACAUGUUCCUGUAUUGAGCAUAUACGAAAGAGAUAGUUAACAAGUAUUCUUAAAUACGAUGCAACAAAGAGAAGUAAUACAUCCAGAAAAAAGUUGGUGUCCCUAGCAAGCAGAUAAAUUUUGAAUUGUUAAAGGACAACUUUAAUUCAAUACGUCUUCAAUAUGCCCUUUCUCAAUUUUCAGUAACUUGUAGUUAAAAUUGUUUAA